GUGUCCACAUUCACUUCACUUCUUACUUCUUUAGUUCUGUUUAUUUUUCUUCUCAUACCACUGUAUGAACUGAAUUUGUGGAUCUUCCUUUCUUCUCCACCGACAGUCUCUUCUCCAAACAAACACCCUUAAAUCACUUUUUAUUUACCAUCCUACCCUCACCCUCUUCUCUUAUCACCGAGCUCAGAUUUUGAUUCAGUGCGCGGCGCCACAUCAUUCAACAAUGCUGGAGCGGUGCCUCGGAUCUCGCCGUCUCCGUCAAAUGCAGCGCGCCUGCCGCCGUGGUUCCCUCACCUUCCUCUGUCUCUUCCUCACCGUCAUCGUCCUCCGUGGCACAAUCGGCGCCGGUAAAUUCGGUACUCCCGAACAAGACCUCAACGAGAUCCGUCAACAAUUCUACUCGCGUGGCCGGCGCGUGGAGCCUCACCGCGUCCUCGAAGAAGUUCAAUCCACAGACAACAAUAACAACAACAAUUACGCAACUUUCGAUAUUUCGAAGAUCCUCGUUGACGAAGGUGGUGAUGAUGAAAAGCGCGAUCCAAAAACGCCUUACACGCUUGGACCAAAAAUCUCCGAUUGGGAUGAACAACGAUCUAAAUGGCUUCGUAAUAACCCUGAUUACCCUAGUUUUAUUAGACCUAACAAACCACGUGUUCUUCUUGUUACUGGUUCUUCGCCAAAACCGUGUGAGAAUCCCGUUGGUGAUCAUUAUUUGUUGAAAUCGAUUAAAAACAAGAUUGAUUAUUGUAGGCUUCAUGGAAUUGAAAUUUUCUAUAACAUGGCUCUUCUUGAUGCUGAAAUGGCUGGUUUUUGGGCUAAGCUACCUUUGAUUAGGAAACUUUUGUUAUCUCAUCCUGAAGUUGAGUUUCUAUGGUGGAUGGAUAGUGAUGCUAUGUUUACUGAUAUGGCUUUUGAAGUUCCAUGGGAGAGGUAUAAAGAUCAUAAUUUUGUGAUGCAUGGUUGGAAUGAAAUGAUUUAUGAUGAAAAGAAUUGGAUUGGUUUGAACACUGGUAGUUUUUUGUUGAGGAAUUGUCAAUGGUCACUUGAUAUUCUUGAUGCUUGGGCACCAAUGGGACCUAAAGGGAAAAUUAGAGAAGAAGCUGGGAAAAUUCUUACUAGGGAGUUAAAGAAUCGACCUGUUUUUGAAGCUGAUGAUCAAUCUGCUAUGGUUUAUUUGUUGGCAACAGGGAAAGAACAAUGGGGUGGUAAAGUUUACCUUGAGAAUCAUUAUUAUUUGCAUGGUUAUUGGGGGAUUUUGGUUGAUCGUUAUGAAGAGAUGAUUGAGAAUUAUCAUCCUGGUUUUGGUGAUCAUAGGUGGCCACUUGUGACUCAUUUUGUGGGGUGUAAACCAUGUGGGAAAUUUGGAGAUUACCCUGUUGAAAGGUGUUUGAAACAAAUGGAUCGUGCUUAUAAUUUUGGGGAUAAUCAGAUAUUGCAGAUGUAUGGUUUUACUCAUAAGUCACUUGCUAGUAGAAGGGUGAAGAGAGUGAGGAAUGAGAGUGGUAAUCCUCUUGAUGUUAAGGAUGAACUUGGAUUGCUUCAUCCUGCUUUCAAAGCUAUCAAGUUGCCAACUUCUUCUUGAUGCUUUGUUUUCUUUUGUCUUUCUCGGGUUAUUUUGAUUAGCUACGACAACAUUGAGAUAUUGUUUCCAUUUCCCUUCUUCAUGUCUCACUAUAGUCUCAUAUCUUUGCAAUCACUUAUAACAAGUGUCAAACUAUGUAAUUGUUGUUAUUCAUUUCUUUAUUUAUCGAUCAAAUUUGUAAUCUUUUUAUUUAUUUAUUUUGCUUUACUUGAUCGUUGUAUUAGUAUUGAGUUAUUGAAAUGAAUUUUGAAGAGGACUAAGGUCACUUAUCUCGAAUGUA